AUGGAUGGAGGUCUUGAACUCUCGGAAGCGUCAAAGACUCGUCAGCAAGAAACCAAGCGACGCCUUGAAGCUGCCAUAGCUGCACGAGAAUUCUACUCAAAGUCCUUGGGUGUUGCUGUGAAGAACUGUAAGGCUCCGAUGUGUCUCGUAUGCAAGAAAGCCACAGUGACGGCAGGAUGCCCAGGAUGCUUUUCAUUUUCCAGCAAGAAAUUUCUUGAGGUUGAGGCCUCUAAAGUUACGCAACGACUCAAAACGCCAAAGACAUCUUUUCAAGAAGAAGAGGAUGUACGCGCUCGACACAAGGCUUUACAAAGGCAAAUCAUCAUGCCGCCCUUGCUACCCAGCCUCCAUUCGUCUCGUACGGAUGCGGAUCCAUCUCAUAUUACGCCCCACGAGAAUGAAAACAACUUCUACUUGACCGUUCUUCCUGAUUUUCAAGCAAUUCGCAAGUACAGAUCGCUCUCGAAUAAGUUCAUCACAUUGCACAUCAAGAGCUUGCCGGUUGGUCAGUUGAUAUCCUUGACUGUAGAUCUCAAAAGCUCAGUGUCGUACUUGUACGAACUCUAUCGUGCCAACACGGAGCUACCCAACCGACCUUUGCAUCUACUGCUGCCAACCACACACGGCCUGUUCUACCUCAACGAGCAUAUUGCGUCUGCUACGUACACAAGAAACGGAGUCGUCAAUGGAGAGCUUCUCCUUCAAGACUUCAACCUACAGAAGUCAAUACCUCGUAGCGAUCGUGUCGACGCUGCUGGUGACAGCAAGAACAGCCAGUUUUUGCUGUUUGCAGUGGCCAUACUACACCCUCAAAGCACGCCGCAGCUUGUUCUGAACUAUGUGCAGCAGAACUUUCACUUCAAGCCACCAGAAAGCCGAGCGCCCAGCCCGCUCGUGAUCUCGGUGGACAGCAAAGACAACAGUGGAUUGCCUCAAUGGUCACGUCUGGUUCCAGCUACCUUCCUCCUCCCAAAGGCUGUAGAUCAAGACCCGUUCCAAAUCCAGAUCCGACCGCAUAUCCACGCGAUGCACGUAUUCGCCAAAACAAAUUAUGCCAUAGUUGCUGCGGAGCAACGAGAAGAGCGAGAACGAUUGCUGCUACUUGCUCACCAAGAAGCCAAGGCAGCCAAGCUCGCGUUGAAGAAGAACCUUCGUGAUCAGCAGACACCUACUGUCUCGAUCAAGGUUCGACGAGCAUUGGCGUACUUUGAAUUCAUCUACGAGAGUACCAGCAAUCCCCGUCAGUCUCGCGUCGCUGAGGAGCGGCUGGGUAAGCUGUGGCAGUUCGUGCAGAUGCUGGAAGAGUGGAAGAUCCUCAAAGGUGGCCGCUUGCUGGACAUCGAACGCUCGGACGUGACGAUGUCAUUGAUGCAACAGCUUAAAGAAACCGCGUCAGUGGCGUUCAACCAGAUGAUGUUCGGCUCAAAGACUGACAAAGCAGGAGGCACUCUACCGUACCCUGUACUUUGCCUCGAAGGUAGUGGCACUACAAGAAAGCUCGUACUGCGGCUGGGAUCUAGGAUGGGCGUCACGCCGCAAAAUGACCACGAUUAUGGCAUGGUGCUCGAUCUUGACCAAGACUUUGAAGCACUCGAGAGAGAGGAACCCAAGCGAGGAUACAUGAAGCGAGUAUCUGAUCAAGGCGAACACAUGGUCGUGGACUGGUAUGAUGCCGAGUGGAGAAACAAAGGCAGGAGCUCAUCGACGAUGGCGUUGCUGGUCUCAAGCUCCGAUCUUCUGUCUCCUCCGUUCUAUCGGAUCAAAUGGCCAUUGAUCGUCAAGGCGUACAAGCUGGUGGUGAAGAAAGUAGCGUUAGUCAGUUCGAAGCUCGAUGAGUUCAAUUGCUUAGCCAGAGUAUUGCAAACUACCGAUGCGGUACUCAGCAAGGCGCAGCUCGCUCAGUGGCAGGCCGAUGUGGACCAUUUUCUCGCUACAAUACACGAGAACUGCGCUCUAGCUCGAGCGGUACAACGCGUGCUCUGCAAGAAAGGCGUUGCUGUACUCAAACGCCGAGCACAAGCACGACGUAAGCAGCUGCGAGAUCGCGAGAAGGAGCUAGAGCGCUUGCGAGAGCUGCAGCUGGAGCGUGAUCGACCGAAAUUGACGCUGGCGCAGCAGCUUAAGGUCGCGUUUAUGAAGGAGAGGGCGCCCAAGAUGCGCGAGGCGGUGGAGCUCACACCAGCCGAGAAAUUGGGCGCGAAAGCCGGUGAAUUCUUGGGUAAGGCUGCGUCAGGAGUGGCCAAGGCGGCCCGCCAGGCCAAGAAAGAAUACGCAGUGCGCACACUCUAG